CAUAUGAUAUAUCUGUAUAAAUUGAAUACAUGUACUAAACCAUUGAACAGUGUAUGUAAUGAAUGGCCAAAUAAAUUGAUUAUAAUUUUCAAUGAAAGUGAAAACAGUGCGAACACUGCACUCAAUGAGUGAUAGGAAAACAUUUAUAGACUCGAGUGCUGUCCUCACAGUCAGUCAAUCACUGAAACAAUCAAUACAUUCAAUGUAUUGACUGUUAAGUGACAACAUGUGUGCCAAUAGGUGUCUCUAUAUGUCUAUUAUAUAUUGUCUAUGCAUUGAUUGAGUCUAUUAUUGUUAUAGCAAUCGAUUGGUUUCCCAGUGUUUUGACUGUUGUAUUGACAAACAAUAUAUACCACAGAUUGUUGUUGUCAUCCGAGUUAUCAAUUGAUCCAUUAGUGCGGUGACAACAACAACGGACAGUACACAUGUCGGACAUGUCGUCCUCGACAGCAACCAGACAUCAGGACUGGUUUAUGAUGACCGGCGAUCUCAUCAUAAAUCUAACGAACACUAAGUCCGGAGAGUCUUACCGCCAGAAGAAUAAUCUGAGACUCAAAUCGGCACCAAAUUUGAUGCCAUCGUCAAGACUUGAGCGCAACAAUAAAGAGUUUAACUCUGAACCGACGACUCCAUCCCGAGAGGACAUCAGUAACAGUGAUAUUAGUGUUAACCACCGAAACGGCGGCAGUUCUGAACACAAAGAGACACAAACACUUGUAUCGGGCAAUCAUAUGAUGAUUGAAGAAAGUGAUAGUUAUCACUAUAACAAUGAAGAUGUUAUGAAUGAUUUUAUAAAUAAACGACAAAUGUCUUUACCAUUGGUUCGUUUCCACAAAAGUGAUGACCAUUUGUUGGCGGCAAACAAUCUGUCGUCAGCUAUGGACAUAAACUGUGCCGAAGAUUGUUGUAGUCAUUCAUUGACAACGAUGUUAAGUGACAGACAAUUGACUGAUAGCUCUAAAACGUCAUCAAAUUCCAGUCCAGACAAUUGUGACCACAAUUUUAACGAAGAUGAACAGCUCCUAUUGUCCAACAACUCUUCGUCCAACAAAUCAUCGCCAAAUGAUUGCCAAAGUUUGAGUACCAGUUCAUCGGCCAACAUAUCGCCGACAAAGACAUUAACAUUCAAUACCAUCGAUCAUACGGAACAAACUGAGUCAUCGAUGUCCGAAAACUAUUCGCUAAUUAGCUCUAUUUCGUGUCAAACCAUAGAUCAAAGUAGACAUAAAUCUAAAACGAAAAACAAUAAUCAAAUGAAUACUUCAUUGUCUUCAUCUUUUAGUGAUGAAAACUCGAGCACUCCUUCCAUUUCGCCUGAGGAUCAACUCUUGAGGAAUAAUUUGGAAGACUUUGAUUGUUCAUACAAUGAGCUCAAAGGUGGUGUCAAAGAGCUAAACGGAUAUUAUGACCGUAAGAUUGGUGCUAAUUAUGUGUAUAGUAAUAACAAUAGCAGUAAUAUGAAUAUUAAUCACAAUAAUCAUAUUAAUGAUAAUAUUUAUAACAAUUAUAAUAAUAAUAAUAAAUUAGUGAAUGGAUCUAUAGUUACAAAAUCCAAUCAACUAAUUGAUAUUAAGCGAAAUGGUUUAACGACUGGUCAACAAUUGCAUACAAUCGGUGGUUCCGAUGAAGAAUCAUCCGAUACUGAAAGUAAUUAUUCGCCACCAAAGGGUGUUGACACUCCCAGUGCCAUCCGUUUGGCCAAAAGGUUGUACAACUUAGAGGGCUUCAAAAAGUCCGACGUUUCCCGUCAUUUAUGCAAAAAUAAUGAGUUUAGUCGUGUUGUGGCCGAAGAAUAUUUAAAAUAUUUUGAUUUCACUGAUGAUACUCUAGACUUAGCCUUAAAGAAAUUUUUGUCAAAUUUCUGUCUGAUCGGUGAAACGCAAGAAAGAGAACGAGUUUUGGUACACUUUUCCAAACGUUUCUAUGAGUACAACCAAAACGGUUCCUUCAGAUCCAAUGAUGCCAUACAUACGCUCACUUGUGCUCUGAUGUUACUUAACACUGAUCUUCACGGAGAGAAUGUUGGACGCAAAAUGACAUGCAAUGAGUUUGUUCAGAACCUGUCGGGAAUGAAUGAGGGCUACGACUUUCCCCGGGAUUGUCUUAGACAGCUCUAUCAGGCCAUCAAAGAUUCGCCUCUUCAGUGGGAUUCUAAUGAGAACUCGUCCACUGAUAAGACACCAAUCGAUGUGUUGGCCGCCAAUCUUAGCCAACAGGUCAGCAUAAUAGGUCACAAUCCUUUUCUUGAAGUGCCGAACCCUAACAGUGCCACUGAAUAUAAAAAGGGUUAUGUUAUGAGAAAGUCAUGUUACGAAUCAAAUGGCAAAAAGACACCGGUGGGAAAGAGAGGCUGGAAAAUGUUUUAUGCAACGCUCAGAGAUCUGAUAUUAUACUUACAUAAAGAUGAACAGGGAUUUAGAAAAAAUCAAUUGUAUGAAAGUCUAAACAAUUCAAUACGAGUUCAUCACGCAUUGGCAUCAAAUGCCAGUGAUUACACUAAAAAGCAAUUUGUAUUCCGAUUGUUAACUGCCGACCACUCAGAAUACCUGUUCCAGACAAGUGAUUCAAGAGAGUUGCAAUCGUGGAUCGAUACUAUCAAUACAGUAGCCGCUAGUCUAUCGGCUCCACCUCUUCCUGAAGCCGUUGGUUCGGAUGUUAGAAAAUUUCAAAGACCUUUAUUACCUGUCAGUCAUACGAAAUAUAAUUUGUGCGACCAACUAUUAGAUCACGAGAGAAGAGUUGAACGUCUGGAGUCGCAAUUGAAUCAACUUUUAUCAAAAACACCCCAAAAGAAAACCUCAAAAAGACAAUUAAGUGAUUUUGCUGAACAACAAAGUUAUUUACAAUAUGAGUUAAAGAGAUACAUCAUAUAUGUGUCGGCAAUGAAAUCAAAGUUAUCGCAACUGAAUCUAUUAAAUAACUUAAAUUCAACUCAAAUGAUUAGCUCAUCAGCGGCUCAACCAUUGCUGUCCACAGCGAUCGGUGAGGAAACGGGUGACGACACAAAUGAUACACCGAUUAUAACUACUUUUAAAAAGAAUUACUCUUCCGAUAGGUAAUAAUAAU